UACUUUCUCAUGAGUCGACAUCUUAUCCACUGACACAUAAUUAGAACGACCUCAAAAUUUUUGAAAAGAAGAAUAUUUUACGAUUAAAUCAUAACGACUACACGAGAUGUCGACGACCGUGACUGAAACCGCCACUCGCUCCGCUCCAGUGGUUGCUGUCGUCGACAGCAAGCCAGCCUACGGUCCUGCUGCUGAGGAUGCUCAGUUCCAAGCCACUGCGCGAGGUGACCGGAAGGGAACCCUCAAGUUGCGUGGUAUCCCGACGUUCACUAACCCCUACGAGCAACGGAAGUGGAUGAAGGAGCACAUGGCUGCCGCGUUCCGAUACUUCGGAAAGCUAGGCUACGGAGAGGGUAUCUCCGGUCACAUCUCCAUGAGAGACCCCGUUCUGAAGGAUCACUUUUGGAUGAACCCUUAUGCAAAGCACUUCUCCCUCAUGAAGGCCUCUGACCUGGUUCUCGUUGACGCUGAGGGAUACGUCACUGAAGGAGGCAACCAGGCCCCUAUCAAUGAGGCCGGUUUCAUGAUUCACUCUGAGAUACACAAAGCCAGACCGGACGUUAUUGCGGCCGCGCAUACUCAUGGCAUCUACGGCAAGACGUGGAGUGCGUUCGGAAAGCCCGUUGAGAUGAUCUCUCAGGAUGCAUGCAACUUCUACGGAAAGCAGAGUGUGUACGAUGAUCACGGAGGCGUUGCUCUGGCUCAAGAGGAGGGCGCUGCCAUUGCAAAGGCCCUCGGUGAGGACAACAUGGUUUGUGUCUUGCAGAAUCAUGGUCUUCUGACGGUAGGCCGCACCGUCGAUGAGGCGGCUUUCCUCUUCUCCAGUUUCGACCACGCUUGCCACUCGCAGCUCCUCGCUGACGCCGCUGCUGCGAACGGGAUUGAGAAGAAGAUCAUUCCUCACAACGUUGCUAAGUACACGGCAGAUGCUGUUCAGAACCCUCACAACUUCUACACCGAGUUCCAGCCCGAGUUCGAAUUGAUUGUGGAGGAGAGCAACGGAAAGGUCCUUGAGUAAACGAAUUUACCUGCUUGCGUAC